UACAAGGCCAAAUAUUGCUCAAGUUACUAUGGAGAGUCUUUAAACAUCACGAGCGGAAAUAAGAAGGUGACUAUCCAUUUGAGUCAAAAUGAAAUCUUGUACUGUAUGAGCGACUUAAUUAAUGACGCGACAAGGACGGACUUGGUCAUCGAAGGGAAUGUCUUCCCAACAUCACCAACACCAUUUGCAGAAUCGAUUAAUAGGACUGGAGGAGUUGCAAUGCUUCUUGGAAUCGUCAACAGAUGUGACACACAACAAAAUUUGCGGGACGCGCUUGAAAUGAUGCUGUGCUGUCUAGAACGGUCGUCAGAGUUAUUUAACGAGUGUAAUAAGAAGAGAGGAAUUUAUGUUUUGGACUUCUUAUUACACAAGAAGAAGGACUUGCUCUCAGAGGAGGUGUUACAGAAGCUACUUGAGUUUGCGGGCAUAGCGCCACAUGGCGAUUUCGUGAUCCCAACGCGAGUGGAAAUCAUUACGGAAUUAGUGCUGGACUUUAAGUUACUGAAGAACUAUGCACAUCGAGUCGAGUAUGUACUUAAGAUGCUUCGAAUUGUGUGUGAGAGUUCAUCAGGGAAAUCAUUGGAAUCUUUAAAUACGGGAAAUUUGACGGAGAAAGUGCUCGAACUCUAUAUAGAUUUAUCGACAGAUGGAUGUGUGAUAAAGUCUGCUUCCGACUUCUUGUUGGCAAUGUUUGCAGUGAACUUCAAUAAUUCGCAAAUAGGGGUCAUCCUCCAAAUCGUUGAGGAAUUCUUCGAUAUGGUUAAAUUGAAUAGUAAAAGUAUUAAACGGGAAACUAUAAUACAGAAUGCAAUUAUCUUCGAUCGGUGUAACAGACUCUUAAUGUUGAUCGAUCAGAUCAUUACUUCACAACGAUUAACGAUUAAUGUCUCAGUGGAGUACUUCUACAAAUUCUUCAAUUUUGAAGAGAUAGAUGAUAUGCUGUUUUGUCCCCUUCUGAGACUUUGCACUGACUUCUCUGCGGUGUCGCGUCAAUUCUGUUUUGAACUCUGCAGAGACGUCGACGUUUUCUGCCGGAUUUCUAACAAAUUUUUGAUAUCAAAAGACACCGUCGACUGCCUUCUAGCACUGUUUUUAAACACAUCUCCACUCUGUAAAGAUCUGUUAUCAAACGCAAACACCGACCUUAAAACGCCGACAGCCAUUUUUGUGAGAGUGAUUAAUGAAGCCAUUUGUGGAGUUCUGCGACCCGAUGUCACACCCGAUGAUACUAGUUUUGAAACUAUUAAAUAUCUAGUUUCAAUGGCGACGUUAGUUUUUCUUCAAUUUCCGAAUUAUCGAACACUUGUGUUGAAAAAAGAGGACAUGUAUCGGAGUGUCGUCAAGACCAUCAUUCAGUGUUUUUCUUUGGAGGAAACAAAAAUCUCACCUCAAUUAAAAGCACUGAAGAAUUAUGUAGUCAAGUUAUUUGGCCAUUUGAUUGCAGCUUCUUUGUUGGAAGGAGACGAGUACCAAAAACUGUUCUUCGACUUGUACACGAGUCAAAAUAGUGUACUGAAGAAUGUCAUCGACUUGACUUCACAACACUUGCAAUUGAUCUUCUCGUUUGUCCCAAGAGAACAGCUGUCGGUGAUCUACACGAAAUACGCGAAUUUUGUCAUCGACUUGGUGUUACUUGAAAACGUCGACUUGAGUGUGAUGGAAGUGGAAGAAAUGAUAUCGCCUUUGUUCUGUAUAUAUCAACAACACAAAGAGUUUCAUAGCGAAUCGCACGACUUACUGUGGGGACAAGUCUUCGACCGAUUGACACUGAUCAUCUUUGAAUAUGUCGAUGAGGAAAACGCGAUAUUUGCUGCGCAGUACUGUCACUCGCAAACGUACUUCUUUGGGAAAAGCCACAGCGACAUCUACAUCUUUUCGUUACUUCGAAAUGUCCUGCAAAAAAUUGUGAACUGGCGAAAUGAGAACUCGAGACUGCUGUAUGUUGGCGUGUUGAAGUGGAUUGCUAUGAGCUUCCCAAAACAACUUGAAAAGAAGCUGCCGCGUAAUUUGAAGAAGCUGUUCAAGCCUUUGCCACAGAUGGGAAACGUCGAGGCGGACGAGUAUUUGAAAAGUAAAGCGAGUGAUGUGGAUAAAGUAGUUGAGCUCUCGAAUCAAUACCUCCAGUUCUAUAAGAUGGAACAGAACCAACGAGUCGACGACUUACGUGGAAGAAUUUGUAAGAGAAAAGAAAAUCAAAUUCGAGAGGAGAGAAGACUCCAAAAGUCCGCUACACCAAAAUUCGAGUUUGACGACCGAUCCGACAGAAGCGAGAGUUUUGAGAAAGUCGACCGAAGCGAUCGCUACGAGAGAUUGGCGACGUCGGAGGUGUUGGAGAAAGUUGAAAUUGUUGGUGCGAUAGAGAACAUCGGGAAUUUCAAGACGUUGACGGGAUUAUCGAAGUCGCCAAAACUCGAAAAACCUCGAAAGAGCGAUGGCGGAGAGAAGCGGGAGACGUUGAUCUUAGGAAAGACGCCUGAAUUGAAUUUCCGGUGUUCUUUUGACGAGAUCAAAACGAUGUGGAAGACGAUGAAAGUGAAAUUGCGAAUGCCAGGAGGGGUAUGGGAAGAUGAAGUAUCUUAUUUGAAGAUAGAUGAGGUCUUUGGACCAUUUUUUGUGAAGCACCGAAUAGUGCAAGACUACUCCUUUUCAAAGAGGUAUACCAUUCAAAACAAUGGAGGGAAGAUUAAAUUGACGUUGAACCCUAACUACGAGAAGUGUGAGACGAACAUCUUCAAAAAUAACAAAACAAAGAGCGCUGGCAUCGAUUUUCAAUGUCUGCAUAUAGUGGGAAUAGACGAAUUGGAGUGUGUAUUAUCUAUUGAAGAUGAAGACUUCUGUGUGACUGAUAUUGGAAAGGAAAAAGGUGUUGAAAGGGGGUUCUGGAGACUUUGUAAGAAAGACACUGUUGUUAUGAAAAGGAGAUAUUUGCUCCAAAGCAACGCAUUUGAAAUGUUCACAAAAGACGGCGUAUCUGUGUUUUUGGCGUUUCCAAGGAACUAUGACCGGGUGCUUAAAAUUGUUCUGAAAACUCAAUUGAUGGCACAGGACAUGUUCACUGCCGACUUGAACAGCACCAUUGCGUUAAGAUUCAACAAAGCAUCGUUAAGUCAAGAAGAUGUGACUAAUCUUUGGAGGAAUGGAGAGAUCAGUAAUUUUGAGUAUUUGAUGAGUCUUAAUUGUCGUGCUGGGAGAAGUUUUAAUGACUUGUCCCAGUAUUACAUCUUCCCUUGGGUGUUAAAAAACUAUGAGAGCGAGUCACUUGAUAUCACCGACGCAAAGAACUACAGAAAAUUGGGGUUUCCGAUUGUCGCACAAGAAGAGGGGAUGAGGGAAAAGCUCCAAAGCAAAUUUAAAGAGACAAAAAGCCAUUAUGGGAAUCAUUACUCGUCCAUUGCGACGUCACUGAUCUUCUUAUUCUCGGCUGAACCAUAUUCUUAUUUCCAUAUAAAACUGUUUGAUGGCCAUUUUGACUCGCAACGACUGUUUGUCUCCAUUCAAAAACUCUUUAAUAAUUUACUGUCAACCCCAAUCGAACUCAUUCCCGAAUUCUUUUACUUACCACAGUUUCUGAUCAAUUUUAAUCAAAUCAACUUCGCGAAGGAGCCGAACGCAAGCAAAGCGAAGAAUAUAGAAAGCAAGACGAGUGGAAAGAAGACGAGUAAAAGUGCGAGUUUUGGGAGUGCAAAUGAAAUGGAGAAGUUGGGGAGUUCACAUUCGGUGAAUGUGAGAAACACGAUUUCUCUUGAAAAUGAACAAGCGAGCGCAACAGAAGAAAAGAAGGAACACAAAGUCGAACCAAAACCACUGGAAAAUUGUAUUGAAAGUAUUUCACUGCCACCGUGGGCACAUAACAAUCCAAGACUCUUCGUUCAAACGAAUAUUGAAGCUCUUGAGUCUGAAUAUGUCAGUGAUCAUUUGAAUGAAUGGAUUGACUUAAUCUUUGGAUAUAAACAACGUGGCGAAAUGGCAGAGAAAUGGUGUAACACAUAUCCCGUCUCAUCGUAUGAGCCCGUCGACUUUACUAAAAUGGAUGCGAAGAAACGAGAAGUCAUGAAGAUCUCUAUUCGUGACUUUGGACAAACUCCCCUCCAGUUAUUCAAUAAAGCACACCCAAAAAGAGACGUCAAACACACGCAAUUCAAAAGCAACUUUGUAAAGUUCUUUGCGACGAAAGGGAAGCUGAACUAUACUAUUGAAGUCGUCAAAAAGACUGGAUUUCCGAUUGGAGGCAUCGAAUUUACUGAGAAGAAUGACAUUCAAAUUAUGAGGAGAGAUGAGGCGCUCUAUGAAACUCUGCGUAUUAAAAUCAUCGGAAAUGGCAUUUUGAGGCUUGAGAGGAACAGCCAUCAAUAUUUCAUUGAAGAAGUCCAAUGGGGCAAAGUACUCAAAACUGAUGGACGGCUUGUUGUAGUAGGAGGGAAUGAUGGCAGUUUGAGUGUUAUAGAUAUUGAGAGAGACAAAGGGAAGAAAGUAGGGAGGAUAUAUGGCCAUAGGCAUGCGGUGAGACAGUGUUGUAUUGGGAGUAUCCAACACAUACUGAUCACGUGUGACCGCAAUGUCUACUGUAUAUGGGACACCGGGAGUUUAAAUUGUUUACACCGCUAUAGUGUGGAGGAGGAAAUAGUUGAUAUCGACAUCAAUAAUACAACGGGAGACUUCGUGAUACUCACAACACAUAAUGUUAUGCACUGCGAUAUUAAUGGAGAUCUUAUAAGUGUGGUCAAAGGAAGUGAAGAAGAGAACUACACAAGUUUAAAGGUAUUAGAAAGUCCUUUGUGGAAAGAUGAACUUCAAGUCUUGGUGGGGAAUGCGAAAGGAGAGUUACUCUUCUAUGUGUUCAGACAAGCAGGACAAGUCAUGAAUCAAUUGAUUAACAAAAUUGCAAUGUACCCAGCCCCUAUUCAAGUUAUUAGGAUGAAUGAAAAUAAUUGUCAAAUAACUAUUGGAACAACAAAUGGCGUGGUGUUGAUCUUGUACUGA